AUGCCUGCUCAACGUGCCGCUACCACUCCGACUCGUCGUACUCGUGCGUCUAACGCAACUGCGCAUCCAGGUGCCAUCCUCUUACAGGCAAAAAAACCCCGACGCACGACAGAAGAAGUUGCAGCUGCCCGAGAAGAAAAGGCGGCAAAGGUAGCAGCACAAGCAGCUGCUGCUGAGGCAGGUGCUAAGCGUGUGGCCGGUAUAGAGCUGGAGAUGGAAGCGAAACAGACGAAUGUGCUGACGAGGAAGGUCAAGGGAGUCCGCCCUCGUCCGACGCCUUACAAAGGCAAGAAGGCUGCAAAGGACAGCCCAGAUAUUGCAGCAGCCUGUGGUGGAGGUGAUGAUGAAGUCGGAACCAAUCAAGGGUUGGGAGUACUCACUCAGAAGGCUGAUGUGCCAAUGGAUAUCGACAACGACGCUGUCGAUCAAGACUCACACACUAAGAGUGGUACGAUCAAGAAGAAGGUUAUCAAAGCUUCGAUGAAGGAUGCUGUCAAUCAAGCGCGUAAUGAAAUCAAGCGGAACACUGCUGAUUGCGGAGAUAAGGCAGCACGUGUGGAUAAGAAAGGCAAUGUACUUGAUGCGAAACAGCCUGAAUUGGCUCUCACCAACAAAGUGAAGAACUGGGCUUCAGGCGUCAAGACGCCCAUCAAAUCUCAGCACGCGAGUCACGCAACUCAUACUUCGGCAUCACCUCCCCCGUCAACAAUUUUUUCUCGCCUUACAGGCUCUUCCAUUACCUCUCACAGCACAACUCUGACUGAUGCUUCUAAACGUCCUCCUCAAUGUAUUGGUGCAGCUGAGGAUGCGCUCACUGGAGGUUUUGCCGACGAUGAGGAUGAAGAUGACGAAUUAGAACGCCUGGCUGCGCAUGGGAUAACUGCCAAGGAAGGGAGGUCAGCUGCAGCGAUGACGGUUACUCUCACAGUCGAUGACUCCGAUGACGAGUCAGGGAUUCCAGCAGAGUUCCGUGCUCCAUUCACCCAGUUGUCGCCAUUAGUCCUCGAUCUUAUCUCUGGCAGUGAAAUUGAUGAGUUUUCGGACGACGAAAUCAACAAUACAAUGGACAUCGACCUACCGGACGAGAUCGAUCAGAAGCAUGAAGCGGAGCCCGAGAAGCCCAAAGUGAAGCUAGAGAAGCCUUCCCGCACUACGACUUCGACAACGGUCAUGACCACAGACGUCAAACCUUUGCCAACUAAAAAGGUGAAAGUGGAACCAUCUUCGACAUCUAUCAGUGAUGCUCCCGCCCCCAAGGAACAGAAAUCUGUCAAUGUCGACACACCGCACAACGAGCUGAAGCCCCGAGCGCAAUACCGAAGCUGCGACCUCCCUGAACAAGUGCAAGCAGACAACCGCUGGGCCAAAAAGUUCCUUCCGAUGAUGAUAUUGUGGGCUGGCAGCCAAGAAUCCCUCUGGACAAUCCCAGAUGUGACUCUGCUCACACACAUUCAAAUCAUUUUUCAGGCAAUCUACCCAGACUUGAAACUUACCAUUGUUCUGAAUGGUGCCGUUUUUUCGCUCACUGUUCAACGUCUUUCUGAGUGGCGGAGCAACUUUGGCUCUACAGCCAUUGUGCUUAUCUACGAUUUUCUGAUGAGCAACAGCGACUGCGACCCAGAGGUUCUUGCAGGGCUCCUUUUGAAGAAUUAUGCCUUCAUCUUUGAGGAUAUGGACAAGCGUGACCCCGACGGUGCAUUCCACUCUGUAUUCAUCCUGCAGCUCCUUGGAAAGGCUCACCUCAAUGUCGUCGACGGUCACGCUAAUAUUCCCGCAUUGAAAACCAAAGACCUCGCAUCGAAAGGGAUGGCCGGUGUUAUUGGAUUUUGCGCUACAGCACUUGAGCGCGCCGUCACAUUAAUUUCGGACGGUGAUAUCAAAGUCGAGGAUAUCUUAGCGUCGACCACAUCUCGCGGCAAGGUGGUCAUCAAGCUGCCCAAAGUACUCAACAAGCUCACUGGCAAGGAGACCAGCGCUCCGUAUAUGUUUUCGCGUGAUCUCUGGCAUAAAGCGAACACUGGGUACAUGAAGAGCAUCAAGAAGAAGAGCAAGGACUUCGUUGAAACUACAGUAGAGAUGGCGCGGUCAGCUUUGAACGAAAGCACCGCUGCGGAUGCAGCCAUUUCGCACAGCUCUGAUGAUGACCAGCCAUCCGCUGCCCCAUGGGCCUUCACGAAUCAGCACCAUCCUCAACCUGCUAUCAUUGUUCAUAUGCUCCUCUGGUACCAUUUUCUACUGCUCUCCGACUACUACACGCAUAAGCUACCAUUGAUUUUCGCUGUUUUAUCUUCCCUUAGUGAUCCACUUAAUUGCUUUCGCGUCGUGCUUUUCUGA